AUGCUGUCGUCCGUUGUCCGCGCCCGCGCGCCCAUCUCGCGGCUCGCAUGUCGUAUUCCAAGCGCCAGCAACCGUGCCAUGGGCACUUAUGCCACCUUCAAGGUGCCUACAAUCAACAACGAACCUAACAAACACUAUAUUCCCGGUUCACCAGAUCGCAAGGGCCUUGAGGAGGCUUUGGCAAAAUACAAGAAAAACGGGGCAUUGAAUGUUCCCCUGGUUGUCGCUGGAAAGGAGCUCAAGGGAUAUGAAACUUUCACUCAGACUAACCCGGCAACCCAUGCCCCGGUGGCGACUUACUCCAAUGCCACGAAGGCCGAUGUUCAAUCAGCCAUUGAUUCGGCUCUUGCCGCUCGCAAAUCUUGGGCUGACACCCCAUUCGCCGAGCGAGCUAGCAUUUUCCUUAAGGCCGCUGAUCUGAUUUCGACCAAGUACCGUUACGAUAUCAUGGCCCUGACUAUGCACGGACAGGGCAAGAACGCAUGGCAAGCCGAGAUCGAUUCUGCCGCUGAGCUUUGCGACUUCUUCCGUUUCGGUGUGAAGUAUGCCGAGGAACUUUACGCACAGCAGCCCUCUCACAACGCUGCCGGCGUGUGGAACCGUCUGGAGUACCGCCCUCUGGAGGGUUUCGUGUACGCCAUCAGCCCCUUCAAUUUCACUGCUAUUGGCGGUAACCUGGCUGCUGCGCCUGCCUUGAUGGGCAACGUUGUGAUCUGGAAGCCCUCGCCUUCCGCUAUUGCUUCCAACUGGCUCGUCCACCAGAUUCUCCUUGAGGCUGGUCUGCCCAAGGAUGUCAUUCAAUUUGUGCCUGGUGAAGCCGAGGAGGUGACCAGUACCGUGCUUGCAAGCCGCGAGUUUGCUGCUCUUCACUUCACCGGAAGCACCGAUGUCUUCCGCAUGCUCUACGGCAAGAUCUCGCAGGGCGUAGCGGACGGCAAGUACCGCGGCUACCCUCGCAUUGUUGGUGAGACUGGUGGCAAGAACUUCCACUUGGUUCACAAGUCGGCCGAUAUCCGCAACGCCGCGGUCCAGACCGUUCGUGGUGCUUUCGAGUUCCAGGGCCAGAAAUGUAGCGCCACAUCCCGCGCCUACGUUGCCUCUUCAGUCGCCGAGGACUUCAUUCAAGAGGUUGUCGCUGAGGUCCAGAAGAUCAACGUUGGUGAGCCAUCUGACUUCACCAACUUCUGUGGCCCUGUCAUCCACGAGGCCUCAUUCAACAAGCUGUCCGGUGUCAUCGACGAGGCCAAGAAUGAUCCCGAGCUUGAGCUUCUCGCUGGUGGAUCCUACGACUCCUCCAAGGGCUGGUACAUCCAGCCUACAGUUUACCGCACCUCCAACCCUGACCACCCCCUGCUUUCGCGCGAGCUUUUUGGUCCCAUUUUGGUCAUUCACUCCUACAAUGAUGCCACUGAUGCCGAUUUCAGCAAGAUCUGUGAGAAGAUCGAUAGCACCAGCACUUACGCCUUGACUGGCUCUGUGUUUGCUCAGGAUCGUGCUGCUAUCCAGGCUGCCGAUGAGGCUCUCCGAAAUGCCGCUGGUAACUUCUACAUCAACUGCAAGAGCACAGGUGCCGUUGUUGGUCAGCAGCCCUUCGGUGGUGCCCGUGCCAGUGGUACCAACGACAAGGCUGGAAGUGCCAACCUGAUGUCUCGUUUCGUCAGCUUGCGAUCCAUCAAGGAGGAGUUUGUUCCCACAUAUACCGUUGCUUACCCCAGCAACGCCAACUAA